CCUUGUGGCAGGUCUCCGAUUUUCUUGACAGAAACCAGAAGUAGAAUUUAAAGAGCCCUAAUCUUGAGUUUCACAAAGUAAGAAUUAUAUAUAUUUUUGCGUGGGAAGGAGAUUUGAGGAAGGUAGCGUUUCAUGUCAAAUUGGGACGACGAAGACUAUGAACCCCCUGUGGUAGGGGCGGCGGGUGCGAAAGACGCGUGGGACGGAGAGGAUGAAGAUGUGAAGGAUGCGUGGGAUGCCGACUCCAGUGACGAGAAGGACUCGGCUGGACAGCCCGGAGGAGAUGACGCCUCAAAACCUGUGAAGAAGAAGAAAACAUUACAAGACAAAAUCCGAGAGCGGGAGGAGAGGCAGCGUGAACUAAUGCAGAAAAAAGCGGAAGCCGAGCGUAUUUACACAGAAGCGGAGAAGCGACAAAUGCAGGAAGAAAGUGAUCUGCUAAUUGCACAGGAUGCGCUAGGGGUAGAGAAUUUAUCACUUGCACCGAAUCAGGGCCUUUUGGAGAAAUUCAACCCCCAAGGGUUAGAAGAUUUUGUGGAAUUCCGCUUCCAGUUGACCAAUAAGCUGUUAAAUUUUAAAGACUCCCCACACUUCUACCUGUUUGCAGAAGAUCUUUUCCGAGAAUUGGCUAGUGGUUUGAACUCAGAAGAUACGAGAAAAUUGAGCACUAUGCUAUUGGCAAUGUCCAAUGAGAAGGUGAAACGGGAAAAAGAGGGUAAGAAGGGGAAAAACAAGAGCAAAAAGCAGCUGAAACAGGUGGGAAAUGCUAUUAGUGAGUACAAUGGAUAUGGCGAUGAUGAGCCUUUUGACGAUCCUGUUGGCGAUGAAUUUGACGACUUCAUUUAACUCAUUUCACUUUUGCGGCGACCCUAGUAAAUUACCGAUAUGCUCCAUAGGGUCAAAGUUGAAAGCUAUUUAAGUCUUGAGUCAGCGCGUAAUAAAAUUUAUGUAUUCAUGCGUUGUUGCCGAGGCUUGAAUAGGCAAUAAUCCUGAGUUAUGUUUUACAGAAGAGCAAAAAAUUGUCAUCUAAGACGAGGUUUAUGAUUGAAGGCGCUACGAUUAUUAGGGUUUGGGAUAAUUUAUGUCAUAUUACGUAAUCAGUAAAAUGUCAAUUACAAUUUUUUAAUAAAUGCUACACUGCUGUGCUGUUUGUUAUGUUCGCUUUUCUAAUGAUGUACUUUUUUCAGAAAUUUAUUUGUGCCUAAAUGAGGAAAUAUAUUUUGGAGAAUUAAUUUUCUUUACCACUA